CCACCUCUCCAACAUCAAAUCAAAAGACAAAUGGCUCUUUGAGGAUAUUAAGAUGAAACCUUCCACCAAAGGACUAUUUCCUCAAUGUAGUGUAAGUCCCCCUAAUUACAAAUCCAGACCAUUAUUUCAGUGGACCUAUAUUGAACAUGUAGAAAGUUGCCUUAGGUUUUAACAAAAGCCAGAGCCACUCACAAGCAUGCCCAUCCUAACAAAGGAGACAACUUGGAAAGACCCAGUUCUAUCAUUCAGCCUGGAAAGUAACUGGAAGCUCAAUAAAAUUGGACCUUUGAUUCUUUUGAGAAACUUGUUUAUUCAUAAUUACCAUUUCAUUGCUAUAGCAGGAUAUUAAUUGGAUUUUUUUCUUGUUGCAGGAUGAACAUGAUGGGAAUGUGAAUGAUGGGAUCAUAGCUGCUUUAAAGCUCAUGGGCAUUUGUUGUUUUUUGGCCAUGUGCAGUGCAUUCUGCUUCAAGAAGAUUGAGCGCAAGGCUGACCAGGUUGGAGUCCUGUAGAUGGAGCUGAACCCACAUGUGGAGUGAUGUUUGAUGCAUUGCAUGUAAAUAAAUAUUUAAAAUGAUCUGACCUCUUGUGCAGUUAUUUGUCUCCCUCCACUGACUGAAAAGAAUGAAUGUUUAAUGUGAAAUCUGUUGCUCACUAGUAGUCUGUAACGUAAAGGAAGCUCUAGGCAACGUGCUGAAACCUACAUGUUCUCAUAUUACACACAUGGAUCAGGUGUCUAGUGUGGAGCAGGCUUCACAAGAAAAAUAACGCUUCAUUAAGUGGAAUCAAUACAUGAAAACCGUUAGAUGGUACAACGUCCUCGUCCUGGAGGACUUCCCUGCAGCGUCGCGGAGUCGGCUCGCUACUGGUUUUAACGCUGUUCCGCAAAGCAGAAGUGCUACGGAUGUGGGUAGCAUCUGUCCCGUCCUACUCGCAGCACCAGCGGUGCUGCAGAACUCGGCGAGGCCCGGUGAUCCCGAGCUAUGAACCCAGAGGAGCAGACCGUAACGUGGCUCAUAUCCUUAGGAGUUCUUAAUUCCCCGAAGAAGAACAUCGCCGAUCCGGAGGGCUUCCUGAAAGCCUCGCUGAGAGAUGGGGUCGUUUUGUGUAAGCUUAUGGAACGGCUGGUACCCGGAUCCGUUCAGAAGUAUUGCCCGGAACCCAAAUGCGAAGCGGACUGUAUAGCCAACAUUCGAGAGUUUCUGAAAGGAUGUCUCUCCUUAAAGGUUGAGUGUUUUGAACCGGAGAGCUUAUACUCGGGGGAGAAUUUUGGCAAGGUUCUGUCUACGCUGUUGGCGAUAAACAUCGUCACUCAAGAUCGUGGUACUGAGAGGUCAUGUCCACCACCCAGUUCUCCUGCUCCUAACCUAUCGACCCCCUCGUCAUCCAACUUGAAGUCUAACAAGUCCUUGCGGCGACAAUCAAAAGCAGUGGAGAUGUCGGAGAAUGGAGGGGGAACCCAGCUGGUAGUGAAGGCGCGCUUCAACUUCAAGCAGAACAACGAGGACGAGCUGUCCUUCAAAAAGGGCGAGCUAAUCCACGUCACACGCCAGGAGGAGGGUGGCUGGUGGGAGGGCAACCUCAAUGGCAAGACCGGCUGGUUCCCCAGCAACUAUGUCAGAGAGGUCAAGCCAUGUGAAAAACCAAUCUCGCCUAAAGCUGUGAAAGGGUUCGACGUUCCUCAGCUGACCAAAAACUACUACAAUGUGGUGGUGCAGGACAUCCUGGAGCACGAGCGUGAGUUUGUAAAGGAGCUGCAGAGUGUGCUCACCUGCUACUUACGCCCUCUACAAGCCAGUGACAAGCUCUCCAGUGCAGACAGCAGCAGCCUGUGUGGGAACUUGGAGGAAAUACUCACUUUCCAACAAGGACUCUGCGUGGCUUUGGAGGAAUGCGCAAAGAUGCCGGAGUGUCAGCAGCGUCUGGGCGGCUGUUACUUGAACCUGAUGUGCCAGAUCAGAAUCCUCUACCUGUCUUACUGCUCCAGCCACCCCUCUGCAGUCUGUGUGCUCACUGAUCACAGUGAGGAGUUGGAUAAGUUCAUGGAGAGCCAGGGAGCCAGUGCUCCAGGCAUUCUGACUCUGACCACCAACCUGAGCAAGCCCUUCAUGAGGCUGGAGAAGUAUCCCACCCUACUACAGGAACUGGAGAGACACAUGGAGGAAGGCCAUCCAGAUUACAGUGACAUUCUAAAGGCAACUGUUGCUUUUAAAAGCCUUGUGACACAAUGCCAGGAGCUGCGUAAACGAAAGGACCUAGAGCUGCAGAUCUUGUCUGAGCCAGUGCGGGGCUGGGAGGGAGACAACAUCAAAUCUCUGGGCCAGGUGCUCUACAUGUCACAGGUCCACGUGCAGAGCAAUUCAAGUGAGGACAAGGAGGAGCGGUACUUCAUGCUGUUUCCCAAUGUGCUGAUUAUGUUAUCUGCCAGCCCACGAAUGAGUGGCUUUAUCUACCAGGGACGUCUCCCACUCUCAGGGACUACAGUGACCAAGCAGUUGGAAGAUGCAGAGUUGGGUCAUUAUGUCUUUGAGAUCACAGGGGGGAUGAUUGACCGCAUCACGGUCUUCUGCAGUAGUUCCCAGGACCUGCAGGAAUGGCUGGAACAUCUGCAUGCCAAAGGUGGAAGCCCAGUUGGAACCAACAUUAAGAAUGUUGAAAGCAAGCCUAUGAGCGUCACCGGCGCCCAGUCCCACCAGAGCCAUUUGCAGGGGUUCAGCACGGCCAUGGGCAACCGAGGCCCACUGGAGCCCCCCAAGAUCACCAAGCCAUGGUCCCUGAGCUGCCUGAGACCAGCUCCUCCUCUGAAACCUUCUGCUGCAUUAGGCUACAAAGAGAGGAUGUCUUAUAUCAUGAAGGACACCAGCAAGAGCCCUAAACCCAUCAAGAAAUUCCUUCCGAAGAGAAAGACUGAGAGAAAACCAUCAGAUGAUGAAUUUUUGCUGAGAAAAAGUACUGUAGCACUGGAAGAAGACGCCCAGAUUCUGAAGGUGAUCGAGGCCUACUGCACUGGAGCCAGCCUGCACCAGACCACAACAGCUGUCCGGAAGGAGGGUGUCCCCCAGGUCCUGUUACCAGAAGAGGAAAAGAUUAUUGUAGAAGAGAUGAAGAGCAACGGUCAGACCAUCAUUGAGGAGAAAAGCCUUGUUGAUGCUGUUUAUGCGUUAAAAGAUGAGGUCCAUGAGUUAAAGAAGGAGAACAAGUGGAUGAAGCAGUGUCUGGAGGAGGAGCAGAAAUCCCGCAAAGAGCUUGAGCGUGUGGUGAGGAAGCUGGCUAAACAGAAGAAUGACUGCGCGUGGGAAGACGGAGGCCACUAAGUAACAUUUCUGAGCGUUCUCCCCUUUCGCGAGCGUGUGUGUAUGUGUGAGUGAGUGUGUUAGUGUGGGUGGGUUGCUAGAUUUGCGUGUAUCUCAGCUGUGUCUGCUCUGCGCGUCGCGUUGAGAAAGUCAUCCUGUCUUGGGUAAAGCGUUUCUUUUUUUGUUUGUUUUUUUAAGAAAAAUGUUUCUUUGAUUGCUGUCACUGGCUCAGUUCAGUGCUAGCUCUAUGCUGAAGAGGGUCAUGCAGUGUGUGUUUAGUUCCUGUGAUGUGUGCAGUGAUGCAAGUCUGCAAGAAAGUGGCUCAAACAUGUUUGCAGUAGAUCGGCAUCUCCUACAUAAAGUGAGGAGUUUGUUGAAGUUGUGAAGGUUCAUUGCUAUGGUUCGGAGCACGACAUGUGACUCCAAAAGCACUGUACUGGACUGUUCACUCUGUUUCUUGGAUUUUCUACACACCGACAAUCCAAUAUGCAGUAUAACUCGGACAGAUGAAAAAUUUACUUUUAAGUGGAGAUGUUUUCCUGCUUUUUUCUUUCACCCUCAGAGACUGAAUUUUCACCACACUUGAGGGAGGAGAAAGUGCGACAGAGGACUUUCAUUGAACCAGAGAAAACUAAACAACAUUACAACUGGAGCCGUUUCUCCGUAAGACAGAUAACAAAGUGCGCAUGCUCAGUUGGUGACGGAAGCAUCAUUCAACAAGUGUGCAACAAGCUCUAAGUGUGGCCAUAUAUCUUUAUACAUGAAAGUACCUUAAAUGGGACACUGGCAGACACUUUCAAUCAAACUUUUUCAUAUUUCUUUUAUUUCUGUUACUGUAUGUUCAAAACGCAAAGGAGAGAAACCCAUUUGAUUAAGGGAGCAUUUAUGCUCUAUUUGAGGAAUAUGGGCGCUAUAGGAUGUUUUCUGUUGCACAUUAAAGACAUGAGAUGCCCUGGUUGCCAUCUUGAAAUUAUAUACUUAUUACUUCUUCUUAGCUCCAAGCUGUACUAUGAAAGAUAUGUCAGCAUAGCUUAUGUAUUGUGUAGGCCAUCUAAAAUAUUCCCUUAAACUGUAUCUGUUACAAUCUACUGUACAGUAUUUCUAUACCAUUCUUCUUAUUAGAUAAUCUUGUCAUCGUCAGGCUAGUGCAAAGCUGUCAGGGAUGCAGUAGUCAUAGAAAUAUCAUAGCAAGAUUGAAAUCCUAUUAAUAUACAACAUAUAAUGUACGUAUAUCAUAUAUACUUACAUACGGUAUAUUAUAGCUAAUAUGUCCAAAAGGUAACCAUAUAAGCUUUCAUAUUGAGAAAAUAUACAGCAAUUGAUUCAUUGCCUCCUUAUUCUGAGGUUUAAAAAUGUAUUUAUUUUUCAUCCAAAUAGUUCUGUGUUGACAACAUGUAUAUCUGGUACCUGAGUCCUUCCGAGGAGGUCUCUUACUGUGCGCUUCGGCCUUGCACCUGGUGGUUGUGGUGGCUGAUUUUCACCAUAAUGUUGAGCAAGUCUCCUUCCUUAAGGGAAUACGCCAGCGUUUUUAAACCUGACCCAUAUCUGCCUCAUCUGCAGCAUACGGUCGAUAACCACGGACAGUAAUUUUACAGGAAUGGUUCAAUAAGAAAUCACAUUUACACAAUUUUCCACUUACCUUAUUACUACUUAGUUGGUCAGCCAAGGUGUCCAGAUUGUGCUUCUUUAGUUUAUGAGGCUAGCAUUGCUUACAAACACUAGAAGUCAAUAGUCACCCAAAUAUUUUCUGUGAACACAUCUGGAAAAACUUCAACGUGGUUUAGCACUCAGUAUGAUUUACUGUGAACUGUAAAAAUGAUGUAAAAAUUCACUAGCUGAACGCAGCUGCUGCUGCACGUCACAUGCACGCUAGUCAUGCAGGCAGAUGGACGCUACAGAUUACGAUCAUAUAACUACAACAUAUAACUUUCAUUUUCUAUUUGAGGACAUAUCAUUGCUGUCAAAACAAAACCUUGUAUCUCCAUUUUUUUGUUUUUGUUACAGAUUUAGAAAAUGCCAGCUGCCCUUUACAUUGUAUGAAAUUUUCAAUACAAGUGAUCCAAACUUAGAAUAAUAUCUUGUUACAUUAACUUGCAUUGGAAGUUAAAAAUGUUCCAAUAAGUUUAAAACUAGAAACGACAUAAAUCACAAAUCUAGCAUGACAAAGGGGAGCCACAUUCUGUGGAGGAGGUGGAGUAACACCGACAAGUCUUCACACCCUUGAUGAAGACGAGGUAGCGGUUUUGGUGCAGUUUUAGGUGUAUUUUAAUUGGAAAAAUGUUGGUCUGUCCGCGAUGACAGCCAAACAUUACCAAGCACAUCUUGACAGAUAUAUGUGGGGUAAGUGUGAAAUUAAAUGUAAAAGUGUGACAUUUUUUGCUGAACCGUUUCUUUAAUGCAUUUCACUGUACGUAGUAAAGAAACUGAAAAAUCGUUCUCUCUGAAUACACUUUUAAUGGCAGUCUGUGGGAGGGUGCUGAAACACCUGUUCCUUCGCUUCUAUUAUAAGUACUUCUUUUUUAAGUACAAAGUUAAUAGGUUACAAAAUGACAACAGAAAUCAACAGCAAAAGCUAAUUAAAAGCUAUACCUAAAUGAGGGGAAAAACGUUGGACUAUUCCUUUAAAACCUGUGGGGCAAACUGCAACCGAUUAUAUGAGAAAGAGUUUGUCUCUGUGUCACCAGUG